AUGCAAUGUGUGAGACCGGCAGAAGUAAAGACAAAAAGAUGCCUACAUAACACUACACAGUACUUCCCAAGCGAUGGCGAGGAGGACGAAACGAAAGAGUUCGGCAGGGAAGAGACGGCGAGAGAAAAAAAGAAGGCAUCGAGAGAGAAAGGGAAAAAGACCCCCGACCAGAGACACAUCCACCAUUCUGUGUUCGGAGGAUGGGAGAAAGGAGGAGAAGAGGAAGGGGCUAGCGUUUUCCCUUCUCAACACAGCCCCUGUCAAAUUUUCAUAGUGUAGACAUUUUUAUCCAUCGACGCAUAGACAGGAAAGGUGUUUUGGAUUCUGUCAUCCCUGGCGGGCGAACAUUGCGUCUGUCAUUCUUUUGUCGAUUGCUGUUAAAUCUGUGACCCGCUGCGUAGUCUUGCGUUGUGCAAAACUUCAGAAUUUUGCAAAAUAUUCUUUUUCGCGAUAUCUAUGGUUAUUGAGAUUUUUUUAUUGAUUAGCUUUGUUUAAGGUUCAGCCAACCGAUUGCGAGGGUUACCACGGAGCAGAAAACAGGAGUCCUAGCGUUCAGCCGGUCGUCUCAUGCAUGCCCAGAUGAUUGGAAAGUAGAGAUUGGAGAGUGAAUACGUAUGUAUGCGACCCCUUACUCUUACAUUUUUCAGAGGUUUUGGAUGCCCGGAGACGGCACCGCAAAUCGAAAGCGUAAAUCCACGCCGGUCGAACCGGCUCCGCAGAAAAAUUCGAACCCCAUCCAGGGUGCCUUGAAUUAUCCUGGAUUGGUCGCCCAGAGCAAUCACGGCUCUCCGACUUCUUCCCGUCAACGUCGUGGCAAGACACUUCUAGACGAAAUUGUACUUGACGACGUGAGUUGCAGAUCAUUCUCAUUUUUCCGCACGCCAUGUAUUUGUAGACAGUUUUUACAGAAAAAUUUAACUUUUCUCUGCAGAGCCAAAAUUGCGAGUCCAAAGCCUCGAUCGGUGAGCGCGUCUCGAACGCCGCUGACGCGGCAGUCAAAGAACUAAGUCAGCCGCGGAAACGCGCCCUGGAGUUCGCCGACUCGUUGCCACCAUCAGCAUCAAACUCGGUUUCGACAAUUACCCUCGACUCGGACACAACACCGGAGAACGGAUCCAAUCCAGCCUCUAGUUCACGCCGUAGUCUGAACUUUUCUUCCAGUGCUAUGACAACAGCCACUCAGCCUCUCCAUCUCGGACAGAAUGACAUGCAAGAUUUAGAUUUCCUGAAUCAAGCAGUUGCCGCGAAUGUCCAGAGAAUGAUCGGCGGAGUCCAGAACAACCUGGCCAACUCGCAACUCAACCUGGUGGUUCAGAACGCACUUCAACAAGGCUCUUCGCAUAGUCUGGAGCCCUCGAUUGUCCGAGGAAAUGGUCCCUUCCAUCACCAACAUAAUCUGUACGGAGGAUCGAGGAACAAUCUUCUUCUUCAUUCCGUUGACACCAAGCCCAAGUUGAACAUUGGUGGGCACCAUAAUGGAGUUUCAAAUGGUUUGCAUUCUAAUGCUGGUAAGCAACUCCUCAACCCAAAAUCCAACAGCAAAUCCCGUCAAGGAAGCGAUGGAGAGUAUCAGGUUAGUUAAUCAUCAUCAGAAAAGAACAUUAAUUUCUAUUUUACUUACAACUGCGUGUUUUUAUUUCAGCUUAUCAAAAACGAAGUUCUUUGCUCUCCUUACGGUAAUCAGUACGAAGUGUUAGAAUUCCUGGGAAAGGGAACCUUUGGACAGGUUGUGAAGGCAUGGAAAAAGGGGACAAACGAGAUUUGUGCUAUAAAAAUCCUUAAGAAACAUCCGAGCUACGCACGACAAGGACAAAUCGAGGUGAAUAUCUUAAGUCAACUGUCCAACGAAAAUGCCGAAGAAUUCAAUUUCGUUCGUGCGUUCGAGUGUUUCUCUCACAAGUCGCACACUUGCUUGGUGUUCGAGAUGUUGGAACAGAACUUGUACGAUUUCCUGAAGCAAAACAAGUUCACUCCGCUUCCAAUGUAUCAUAUUCGACCGAUCCUGCAACAAGUGCUAACGGCCCUGUUAAAGUUAAAGCAAUUGGAGUUGAUUCACGCAGAUUUGAAGCCAGAGAAUAUUAUGUUGGUGGACCCGCAGAACCAGCCGUUCAGGGUUAAAGUUAUUGACUUUGGAUCGGCGUCACAUCGCAGCAAAGCCGUCACCAACACAUAUCUCCAAUCCCGGUACUAUCGGUAAGGAGAAUAUUUUUUUGUACUAAUAAUCCUGUCUUCUGUCCUAAUCCUUUCUUUGCAGAGCUCCCGAGAUUAUCCUUGGAUUACCAUUCAAGGAGUCCAUCGACAUGUGGAGUCUUGGCUGUGUCAUCGCUGAACUGUUCCUUGGAUGGCCUUUGUAUCCCGGUGCAUCCGAAUACGAUCAGAUCCGGUUCAUAGUACAGACACAAGGACUUCCACCUCAACAAAUGCUGGAGAAUGCCACCAAAACCAAUCGAUUCUUCCGUCAGAUCAGAAAUCCGACUCCGUAUUGGCGUCUAAAGGACCCGGGAGAGUUUGAGGCUGAGAAUUCGAUUAAGUCAAAAGAGACACGGAAGUAUGUAUUCAAUUGUCUUGAUGACAUUGCUGCGCUCCAUGUGCCAAAUGACAUGGAUAGCAUUGAUACAAUGUGUGAAAAGGCUGAUAGGCAAGAGUUUGUGGAUAUUCUGAAGCUGAUGUUGUCGAUGGAUCAGGAGAAAAGACUGACACCUUCUGGGGGGCUUCAACACAAGUUUGUCAAAAUGACUCAUCUUUCUGAUAUGGGACGCACUAGAUAGUAAGUUAAAUAUUUUUAAAAUUUAACUUGUUUAGUCUCCAAUUAUCAACUCAAAGAAUGGAAGUCUGUUAUCGAACUGACCGUCAUUCCUACACAACUCAGAGGAACAGAAUUGAGAACGCGACACCUGUGCUCAGUGCUCCUUCUACUUUUAUCCCACCUUCCACCACAACUCCGAUGAUUUCCAAUAAUGCAAACUCGCAGCAGUUGGCCAAUCAAGUCGCCGCUCUGGCCGCCGUUGCUAAUAUGCCUGACCUGAACAUGUUCCAGACCUACAUUAAUUCUCAACAAACCCAAGCGGCCCAACCCUACAUUUAUCAGCCUUUAACGGCUAUAUUGCCUUACGGUAAGUUGAAUUUUUUAGUAUCAUCUUUUUAGGAAGACAACCACAAUUUGUCGGAUUUGCUGGUCCUCAAGCCGCCCCCACACUCAUGUCUUCGUAUAUGCCGAUGUUUGUGGAUCCCUUAACGGGUGCUGCACCAAACGCGGCUCAACAACAACAGCUCGCUAAUCUUGCCGGAUGGCCUCAGGCGAAUGGACUAGCCGCUCAGCCGGCUGCCACUUCGCUGUUUCCAUGGCAGCCAGCAGCCGCUGUUUUCCCUCCGGAGUUUUUUCUGCAAGGCGCCGUACAAACACGUAACCCGGCCUUACCUUUCAAUCCCCAGUUGUUCGCUCCGGCGCCGCAGAUCUCCCAGACUUCGCACCCGCAGGCCAAACCCGCAACGAACGCACUCAAAUGUCCCAUAAAUGGCAACGGGACCAUCGACCCAAUCCAAUGGGAGAUGGCCCUAAAUGGGUUCAUUGGCGGAGCACCCGCCUUCAUUGCGCGCCCUUCUCACAACGGGCAGUUUUUUGAGAGUAUGGACGUCUCGUCGAUGACGUCCAGCCAACCUCAAAACUCGACCUAUCAGCCGGAAAUGCUGAAUCUUCUGAACCCGGCUGGAUCAUCAAUCCCCUUGAACGUCCAGAAGGAUUUGAACUUUAGCCGGCCCAGCAACAAUUCGUCGUCCUCCAGGACCCUCGACAGUGUCCAGUUGCCUUCAGUGAACGGUGAUUCCGACACCGAGAUAUCUGGCUGUUAUCCUUUUGUGCAGAGAUUUAUCCCCCAAUAA